AUGAAGUCCACUCCCCUCAUUAUCAAUUGGCAUGAGAAGAAUGCCCCCAUCUAUUCCGCCCACUUCGAGCCACAUGGAAAAGGGAGGCUGGCUACAGGAGGCGGAGACAACAGCGUCCGCAUAUGGAAAGUCGAGGGCGACGGCGAGGACCGUCGCGUUGAGUACCUUUCCACGCUGGCAAAACACUCCCAGGCCGUGAACGUGGUUCGCUGGGCUCCCAAAGGCGAGACCCUUGCAUCCGCUGGAGACGAUGGCAACGUGAUAUUAUGGGUUCCGUCCGAGAUUCAUAAUCCAACAACCUUUGGUAACGAGGGCAUAGAGGACAAGGAGACAUGGCGUACCAAGCACAUGUUCCGCCCUACCGGUUCCGAGAUCUACGACCUCGCUUGGUCCCCGGAUGCUACUUACUUCAUCAUUGGCAGCAUGGACAAUGUUGCUCGCAUUUACAACGCUGGUACAGGCAUGCUCGUCCGCCAGAUCGCCGAACACAGUCAUUAUGUUCAGGGCGUCACUUGGGACCCCUUGAAUGAGUAUAUCGCGACCCAAUCCUCUGAUAGAUCUGUCCAUAUAUACUCCCUAAAGACGAAAGACGGCCAGUAUACGCUGACAAGCCACGGCGCCGAGACACCAAAAGUAGCCAGUCACGCCAAAAUGGAUCUGCCUCCUCGCCGCAUCUCAUCCAACAGUCCAGCACCCCCCGAUAUGAAUUACCGCACCCAGCUUGCAGCUGCUGCAGAUACUCUUUCAACAUCUAUUGGCUCCCCGGUGUUAUCGGCGCCGGGCACACCACAGUCUGUACCUCUACCAAUGAAUCCACCUAGUGUAGUUAGUCACAGUAGACGGUCAUCGUUUUCUUCCCGUCGUUCCGUAUCACCAGCACCAUCAUUGCCACUACCUGCGGUGAUGCCCAUGGCGGCCGAGGCUUCUCCUAAGCCAGGUUAUAGCGGCAGUAUGGGGAUGAAAAAUGCGAACCUCUACGCAAAUGAGACUUUGACGUCGUUCUUCAGACGUUUGACAUUUACACCAGACGGUAGCCUUCUCCUCACACCUGCUGGUCAAUAUCAAGUCCAGCAUCAAACAGAUGGCCUGAAGCCCACAUUUGAGGUGAUUAACACCGUCUAUAUCUAUACGCGAGGCGGUAUCAACAAGCCUCCCAUUGCCCAUUUGCCUGGUCAUAAGAAGCCCUCUGUUGCUAUCAGAUGCUCUCCUAUCCUUUACACUCUGCGACAAAGUCCGCCUACCACCCAACAUAUUACCAUAGAUACCUCUUCCGCUGAAGACCCAAUCCCAGCACUUCCUGAGCCUAUAUCUAAACCUUCUCUUACCAUUAUGGACCCACCUCCACCACCAACGUCUUCGGCACCCGAUCCAGAAAAGUCCACACCUUCAAACCCUCUCAACAUAGAAACGAAUGCAUCUACACCUGGACCUAAGCCGACAUUUGCGUUGCCAUACCGAGUUGUUUAUGCUGUGGCAACCCAAGAUGCCGUUCUUAUCUAUGAUACACAGCAGACGACUCCCAUUUGCGUUGUUAGCAAUUUACAUCUCGCUACAUUCACUGAUUUAACUUGGUCCAGCGAUGGCUCCACGCUAUUGAUCUCCUCAUCGGAUGGAUUUUGCUCAACUUUGUCCUUUACCCCAGGAGAGUUAGGCCAAGAAUACAAGGGGGAGUUGUUGAGUGGCAAAAACUCUUCGUCGAUGGCAGCUAGUACUGCCUCCAACCAGGCAACACCGAUCCCCACUCCAACCUCAGUCUUUGCACCACCUUCCCCCUUCCCUAAUCACCAGCAUCGGAAUUCAGGCGCUUCGUUUACAGCUCCUUCACCGCCACCAACGACGUCUUUCGUGGGUGCUCGGCCGCCGUCGCCAACAAGAUCGAACUCAACAUCGUCAGUGGCGACGCAGGCUUCUGUCAUGAAUAAUCCACCUCUGAUCGGCGGAAGUGUACCUAGCAUUACGGCCACUAAUUCAGGCAAAGUGACGGGAAUCCCAAUCGCAACUCCACCAGAGACACCAGGCAGCACUAAUAUCGCUGUCGGCGCGAAGAGAAACGCAGCAGAGGAUGAAAAAGAAGAUACUAGUGCCCAGCCAAAGAAACGAAGGAUAGCUCCGACGCCAGUUAUCCAUACGGAGCCAAAGCCAUGA